AUGUUCGAAUCUCUCGUAUCAAGAUUGACGUCACCGCCUGUCUCCCGGCGGCGGCAUACAGUACAUGCGACGCGUGAAGUUUGCAGCGAGCCCGAGGAAGAGGCCGCACCAGUUCAGCGCAGAUCCAGAACGGCGAAACAGCUCCUUGACAAGCGCCGUAAGGCCCGCCUAUCUUGCGCUGAUCUGACAGCUGCCACAAAUGCAGAACCGGAGCGCACAUCGCGCAUGGAUGCGAUAAAAGCAUUCCUGCCAUUACGACAGUCCAAGUCAUUAGGAAGGCUCGACGGUCUCAAAGAGAUUGAUUUGCAAGCCUGUGAGGUUGAACCGUUACUGGUUACAACACACGAUUCUGCAGAUAGUACAAGAAUGCGAUAG